AUGAAAAUAUCGAUUUUAUUGUCUCUCCUAGUUUUGGGAUGCUUAACGAUGGACUUUGACCAUUAGAUUGAAGAAUUAUAAAGCUCUAAUUUUGGACAAACAAUUCUUCAAACUAUUAUGAUGGAGCUAUAAACUGAAGACCCAGUUGUGUCCAAUCUUAUUAAUAUGAUAUAAGGAAUUGAAACAACUCUUGAAAAUGAAUAGUAAAGAGACGAUGAUCGCAUAGUUAGGAUUAGAUAAAAUUGUGACAUCGAUAUCACAACACUCAAAAAUUAAAUUAAUCAAAAUACUAUUGCAUCACUUGGUCUCAAGAGUCAACUUGAUUCCUUGAAUCCAUAAAAAGUCUAAGCUGUUGCCAGCUUGGAACGUAAAAACAACGAAAUUACUGAGUUAAAGGCUGAGUUGCAAUAUUAAUCUCACAAGAGAGAAACUGAGACUGCAGCCUAUGAAACUAUUUUGGAUAAUUUAGAAUAAACCUUAUUCGGAGUUAAUUAAGUCAAGGGAUACUUCAAUAGUUACUUAGACAUUCUUGUGAAAAAUAGAAAAAGAUUUGAAAAGCCUUCAUUUUUAGAAGAAUCUUAUAGUUUCAAAUAUGAAGAAUCUGAACAAGAAGACACAGAAUCAAGAUCACUCACAUCUUUGACUUAAGUUGCUUAAAAAGUCAAUAAAAUAAAACAUCAUGUAUAUAUUAAUUUCAUUUAUAAUUUAGGUUCAAUUAGAAGGAUAUGCUUCAAUGCUUGAGAUAAUGAGUGAAAUGGCUUCUAAAGCAUCUGAUGAACCAGCUUAGGCAGAAGUUUUAACAAGAAAGGUUCUUUCAAUAUUGAAAUAAAUUGAGAAUUACAUUUAAUCUGAAAGAAUCAGAGAGGAUUAAGCCGAAGCUCUUAGAUCCAGCAAUUUCGACCUCCUUAAGACUCUUUUAUCCGAUCAACUCGUCUAGGCCAACUAAGACAAGACAUACAUGGAAGGUUUUAAUAAUAACUUAAAUCUAGGUUUGGUUACCUCCUUAUCUACAAGAAUUACAUAAGGAGCUAAUGAGAAAUUUGAAGUAGAUCAAAAAGUCGCUAUUAAAACAAAAGAGUUAGAAAAUAGAUAAACAGAUUGUAGACUCAAAAACACAGAAUAUGAAACUGAUACAUAAAACAGGUAUUUACAAUUCAAUAAAUUAGAAUUAAAUAAAAAAGAGUAGUUGUUGUGGCAGUUGAUUUAAUUUCAUCCAAAUUGGGAUAACUCAAGCGCAAACUGCUUGAAAAUUGAAAUAUUAUAAAAUAGUGACA